CUCUUUUCUGCUCACUCAUAUAUGCAUAUUCCGCUGGCCACCCUGACUAACCGUCACAGUGCAACAGGAGAGGGCGAUGCCAGCGCAGCCGAAGUCGCAGACGCGAAUGAAGUCGCGAACGAAGACUCGGAUGCUCCUCACGAGAUCGAAACCAAUGACAAUGGUGACGCUGAUAUCUGCGGCAUCGCGUCGGACGCCCAACAGGACGACGCCCGUUUGGACGAAGAUCCGGUCAACCUGGCACAACAUGAGAUACCCACAGAAACAGCGCUGUUCAGCGAAGAUCGCAACGACAUGACGGAGGACUUCGUCAUGGUUGACACCGACCCGGCGGCUGAGACUAACGCGGGCGAGGAGGACUCCUUCAUCGGGUUCCUUGAAGUUGGCAUGCAUGAUCUGUUUGAGAUGGAAGCCGAGACGACCAGUCGCUUCGAUCUCACGGACGGCGGGUGCCAGUCAACUUCUGGACCAGUCGACAACAGCGGGCAGGAAGAACGGCCAAACACCACCAUGCCUGAUUGGGAAAGUGGGGAUGUGGAGAAGACAAGAGGCGACGCGGUGAUGGAAAAUGCAGCGGAAAGCAACGAGGAAGCCCCUGGCCAAGAGACGAAAACCCAGAAGACGCCAACUGCUGCUGUCGCGCCCGUUUUCCGGACUGCAAGGAACACACAAAAGAUCCACCACUUCUUUUGGCAAGUGUCCAAGCAGAUUCGACUUGCAAGACGGCAGGGAGACCUUGGCAUCCGGCAUUUCCGCCAGAUCCGGCUAGGUGUUAAAGCAGUUAGGGAAGUCCGAGCAACGGUUCAGAGUCGAGGAAACCGAAAUGUGAGGCCGGCUUAUGGUCCCAGAAACCCACCACCACUAUGAGUUGGUAGAAAAACAAGUAGCCAUUAAGCAAAG